GGGCAGUUGGCGAAGGCUCAUCCAGUUGACUUUCAGCAGUAGACGUGCGACUGGCGGUGUUGUUGCCGAGUUUAAUGGCUUGAUAGACACCUGAUUUACUUUAAAAGAAAACAUGAAUUUCGUCAGAACUCGCCUUUCUAUUGGCAACUUUCUAGGCCAGAGGUGCAGACGGGUCACUGAAACAUGGAGCCACAGAGGGAUGUGCAGUAAACCACAGGAGGCCAAAGCAGAGCCAGCAGUUCCAGCACACGCACCUCGCCCCAGUUUCAAAGUCCCAGGCUACAAACCCUCAGAGAUGGACAAGAGGUUUCUGAUAUGGUCGGGACGCUUUAAGACAGUGGACCAGAUACCAGAGUUUGUGUCGUUUGAGAUGAUUGAUGCUGCCAGAAACAAAGUCAGAGUGAAAGCCUGCUAUGUGAUGAUGGCCGCCACAAUAGGGGGCUGCCUAGUGAUGGUUUUCCUGGGCAAAAAGGCUGCAGGCAGGCAUGAGUCCCUGACAGCUCAAAACAUGGAGAGGAAAGCUAGAUGGAGGGAGGAAGCACGGAAAGAGAGAGAAGCUGCUGCUGCCCUAUCUGAGAAGGCUCAGUGAUGGAGGACAACUAAUCCCUACACAACCAUGUUAUUUUCCCAAAUAUUUGGCCAACAGUGUCUCACAGAUUGAGAGUUCCACUGCCACCCCACAGAGCAACCGAAAGAUAUCACAACGGUUAAUACUUAGUCGUAUUUUGGACCUUAAAUGUAUAGAUUAUUUGAACAAUUUUGAAACCCAAUGGAAGAUUUUAUCUUUUCAGUGAUUGUAUUGAAGUUAUAAACUGGCACGUUUGACUAAAUAUGUUUGUGGUGGUAGCAUUUGGUCACCAGAGGAGAGUGGAAACCUGAGUAUAAUGUAACCUGGCUCCGAAAUGGAGGUUUUAGGAUUUUUAUAACUAAUUCUUUGCAUUUACUACACAGCACAAUAAUGAUUUUCAGAUCUGUUUAACAGAUGCACUAAUUUUAAUUUUCCACUGGGAUUAAAAAAAGUUCUAUCAGUGCUUCUAGUAAACCUUCAACACAUACCUCUUAAUCUCUGCAACAUAAAUGCCUUAGGUAACCCUCCUUUUCAAAUUUGCCUCAGAGGCAAUAGUCUUUUGUGUGUAUCCGCCUUGUCCUCAAGGAUUUCAAAUAAUCUCCAAUCUUCUGAACAGAACAUUAAGAAGUGGAUCAGGCAUGAUUCAUUUGUACAAUGGUCUGUCCUGCCCUGAUACUAAUGUAAUUUGACUCAUUUGCUCAUCUGAUGUGACAUUAUGUUUGUAUAUAGUGAACACCAAAAAUAUCAAAUCAAUAAAGUUAUUCUUGAGAA